UGAAGCUGUAGAUGGAGAUAAAGCAGUUGAGGAGAAAAAGUUAGCGGUGCCAGUGAUGAGGAAUCCGCUAAGUUUUUCAAGGAUAAUAACAUGACUGUAUCAGAUUCGUCAAUCAAGCCUUUGCUCAAGUUUGACGAUUUGCAAGUCGAAGAAUCACUUGUUAAGCCAUUGAAGAACUUCGAAAAGCCAACACCAAUUCAAUCUAUCACCUGGCCAUGUUUAUUGCAAGGCAAAGAUACUAUCGGUAUUGCUGAAACGGGUUCAGGAAAAACACUCGCAUUUGCUAUCCCUGGUUUAUCCAGACACGUUCUCAGCGACGCAUCAAACAAGACAGCAUCUAUCUUGGUUAUUGCACCAACACGUGAAUUGGCUGUACAAACAUAUGACAACAUCGACAAAUUGAACAUCACCCAGUCAAUUUGUUUAUACGGUGGUGUCAGUAAGGAUGAGCAAAAGAGAACGAUAAAGAAAAACAAACCUAGAGUUAUAGUUGGUACACCAGGUAGAUUGCUUGAUUUGGCAAAUGAUGGAGGUGUUGAUUUCUCAAACGUCAAAUAUCUCGUUCUUGAUGAGGCUGAUAGAAUGCUUGACCAAGGUUUCGAGAAGGAUAUUACAGCAAUCAUCAGCAAAACACCAAAGGAAAGACAAACUGCUAUGUUUAGUGCAACUUGGCCUCAAAGUGUUCGCGCCCUGGCUGCUACAUUCAUGAAGGACCCUGUUAGAGUAACCGUCGGUUCAGAGGAGCUCACAGCUAACAAGCGUGUUGACCAAGUAAUCGAGACUCUUGACAAUGGAAGGAUGAAGGAACAACGCUUAAAUGCACACCUCAAGAGUAUAAGAAAAGAUAUGGGUAAUGCUAGGGUAUUGGUAUUCGCGUUGUACAAAAAAGAAGCAAGCAGAAUUGAGAACACUUUGAGAAGAGGUGGUCAUGCCGUCGGCUCAAUCCACGGUGACCUCUCACAACAACAGCGUAUGAAAGCACUUGCUGAUUUCAAGGAUGGUAGCGUACCUCUUCUUGUAGCUACUGAUGUCGCUGCUAGAGGUCUUGAUAUUCCAAACGUCGAAGUAGUUAUCAAUGUUACCUUCCCACUUACGAUUGAGGAUUACGUUCACAGAAUAGGUAGAACUGGUAGAGGAGGUGCUUACGGAAAGUCAAUCACAUUCUUCACGGAUGACGACAAGUCACAUGCCGGAGAGUUGAUGAAGGUUUUGAGAGAGGGUGGAUAUGAAAUUCCAGAGGGUCUUAAGAAGUAUCCUGCUGUUAUCAAAAAGAAGGAGCACGGUGCUUAUGGUGCAUUCUACAAGGAUAUUGGCGAGGCACCUAAGCCAAAGAAGAUAACCUUUGACUAAUUGUAUGCUUGUAGUUAAAAUAUUAUUAUUGGGAAUGUGAUUUUAUAG